AUGCUUGGUGACAUCGGCCCACCAAGGGGGAGGGGGGCACGCUUGGUGACAUCGGCCCACCAAGGGGGAGCGGGGCACGCUUGGCGACAUCGGCCCACCAAGGGGGAGCGGGGCACGCUUGGCGACAUCGGCCCACCAAGGGGGAGCGGGGCACGCUUGGUGACAUCGGCCCACCAAGGGGAGGGGGCACGCUUGGGGGAGCGGGGCACGCUUGGUGACAUCGGCCCACCAAGGGGGAGCGGGGCACGCUUGGCGACAUCGGCCCACCAAGGGGAGCGGGGCACGCUUGGCGACAUCGGCCCACCAAGGGGGAGCGGGGCACGCUUGGCGACAUCGGCCCACCAAGGGGAGCGGGGCACGCUUGGCGACAUCGGCCCACCAAGGGGGAGCGGGGCACGCUUGGCGACAUCGGCCCACCAAGGUGGAGCGGGGCACGCUUGGCGACAUCGGCCCACCAAGGGGGAGCGGGGCACGCUUGGCGACAUCGGCCCACCAAGGGGAGCGGGGCACGCUUGGCGACAUCGGCCCACCAAGGGGGAGCGGGGCACGCUUGGCGACAUCGGCCCACCAAGGGGAGCGGGGCACGCUUGGCGACAUCGGCCCACCAAGGGGGAGCGGGGCACGCUUGGCGACAUCGGCCCACCAAGGGGAGCGGGGCACGCUUGGCGACAUCGGCCCACCAAGGGGAGCGGGGCACGCUUGGCGACAUCGGCCCACCAAGGGGAGCGGGGCACGCUUGGCGACAUCGGCCCACCAAGGGGGAGCGGGGCACGCUUGGCGACAUCGGCCCACCAAGGGGAGCCGGGCACGCUUGGCGACAUCGGCCCACCAAGGGGAGAGCGGGGCACGCUUGGCGACAUCGGCCCACCAAGGGGGGAGCGGGGCACGCUUGGCGACAUCGGCCCACCAAGGGGAGCGGGGCACGCUUGGCGACAUCGGCCCACCAAGGGGGAGCGGGGCACGCUUGGCGACAUCGGCCCACCAAGGGGAGCGGGGCACGCUUGGCGACAUCGGCCCACCAAGGGGGCGGGCACGCUUGGCGACAUCGGCCCACCAAGGGGGAGCGGGGCACGCUUGGCGACAUCGGCCCACCAAGGGGAGCGGGGCACGCUUGGCGACAUCGGCCCACCAAGGGGAGCGGGGCACGCUUGGCGACAUCGGCCCACCAAGGGGGAGCGGGGCACGCUUGGCGACAUCGGCCCACCAAGGGGGAGCGGGGCACGCUUGGCGACAUCGGCCCACCAAGGGGGCGGGGCACGCUUGGCGACAUCGGCCCACCAAGGGGGAGCCGGGCACGCUUGGCGACAUCGGCCCACCAAGGGGGAGCCGGGCACGCUUGGCGACAUCGGCCCACCAAGGGGAGCCGGGCACGCUUGGCGACAUCGGCCCACCAAGGGGAGCCGGGCACGCUUGGCGACAUCGGCCCACCAAGGGGAGCGGGGCACGCUUGGCGACAUCGGCCCACCAAGGGGAGCGGGGCACGCUUGGCGACAUCGGCCCACCAAGGGGAGCGGGGCACGCUUGGCGACAUCGGCCCACCAAGGGGGGAGCGGGGCACGCUUGGCGACAUCGGCCCACCAAGGGGAGCGGGGCACGCUUGGCGACAUCGGCCCACCAAGGGGGAGCGGGGCACGCUUGGCGACAUCGGCCCACCAAGGGGGAGCGGGGCACGCUUGGCGACAUCGGCCCACCAAGGGGGAGCGGGGCACGCUUGGCGACAUCGGCCCACCAAGGGGGAGCGGGGCACGCUUGGCGACAUCGGCCCACCAAGGGGGAGCGGGGCACGCGUGGCGACAUCGGCCCACCAAGGGGGAGCGGGGCACGCGUGGCGACAUCGGCCCACCAAGGGGAGCGGGGCACGCGUGGCGACAUCGGCCCACCAAGGGGAGCGGGGCACGCGUGGCGACAUCGGCCCACCAAGGGGAGCGGGGCACGCGUGGCGACAUCGGCCCACCAAGGGGGAGCGGGGCACGCGUGGCGACAUCGGCCCACCAAGGGGGAGCGGGGGACGCGUGGCGACAUCGGCCCACCAAGGGGGAGCGGGGCACGCGUGGCGACAUCGGCCCACCAAGGGGGAGCGGGGGACGCGUGGCGACAUCGGACCAAGAGGGGGAGCGGGGGAAGCGUGGCGACAUCGGACCAAGAGGGGGAGCGGGGGAAGCGUGGCGACAUCGGACCAAAAGGGGGAGCGGGGGACGCGUGGCGACCUCGGACCAAAAGGAAACUAAACACAACAAAAGGAGGAGGACAAAGGCUCCGGUGUUUCCCUAG